GUAACUGAACUUGAAGUUCCACAUAGGGCACGCAGCAGAGUCCUGUGGAUCGUUUUUCUGCUGUUUCCCCUUCUGCGGCUUUCUUCAGAGGUUUUUGGGCUGUCUGUUUUUAGGCAGUAUCAAGUGAAGCAUGGAAUUCCAAAGCCGAGGGCGCUCCUAUGUCAUUCCAGAAAAUGAAGAAAUCUCGCACGCUCCUCAGACUGUGCACAAUGACCACGGAAAUGAAGGGGAGAGAGCAGUGUCAAAACUGCAACGUAGGCACAGUGACAUAAAAGUAUACAAAGAGAUAUGUGACUUUUAUGCAAGAUUCAACAUGGCAAAUGCUCUUGCAAAUGCCAUGUGUGAGCGCUGUCGAGGAGGCUUUGCACCUGCGGAAAAGAUUGUGAACAGCAAUGGUGAGCUGUAUCACGAACAGUGUUUUGUGUGUGCCCAGUGCUUCCAGCAGUUCCCUGAAGGACUCUUUUAUGAGUUUGAAGGAAGGAAGUAUUGUGAACAUGACUUUCAGAUGCUGUUUGCCCCUUGCUGCCAUCAGUGCGGGGAGUUCAUUAUUGGUCGUGUCAUUAAAGCAAUGAACAAUAGCUGGCAUCCAGAAUGUUUCUGCUGUGAUAUCUGCCAACAGGUACUGGCAGACAUUGGAUUUGUGAAGAAUGCUGGCAGGCAUCUUUGCCGUCCCUGCCACAAUCGAGAGAAAGCAAGGGGCCUUGGCAAGUACAUUUGCCAGAAAUGCCAUGCAAUUAUUGAUGAACAGCCUCUUAUCUUCAAGAAUGAUCCCUAUCAUCCAGAUCACUUCAACUGUGCUAACUGCGGAAAGGAGCUUACUGCUGAUGCUCGGGAAUUAAAGGGGGAGUUGUACUGCUUGCCUUGCCAUGACAAAAUGGGGGUCCCCAUCUGUGGAGCAUGCAGGAGACCAAUUGAAGGAAGAGUGGUGAAUGCAAUGGGCAAACAGUGGCACGUUGAGCAUUUUGUUUGUGCAAAGUGUGAGAAACCAUUCCUGGGCCACCGCCACUAUGAGAGAAAGGGGCUGGCAUAUUGUGAAACCCAUUACAAUCAGCUGUUUGGUGAUGUUUGCUUCCACUGUAAUCGUGUGAUUGAAGGAGAUGUUGUCUCAGCCUUGAAUAAGGCCUGGUGUGUCAACUGCUUCGCGUGCUCCACUUGCAACACUAAGUUAACUCUCAAAAACAAAUUUGUGGAAUUUGACAUGAAGCCUGUCUGUAAGAAGUGCUAUGAGAAGUUUCCUCUGGAGCUGAAGAAAAGACUGAAGAAAUUAGCAGAAACUUUGGGAAGAAAGUGAGGUUCAGCUUCGGAUUUCAUCUUGCUGUGCAAAAAUUAGGAAACAGUACUGUUGUUACAAAAGACUUACUUUUGUUGAGUCAUUGAAACCUAACCAAUGCCCUCCCCCAUUCCUCUCUGCAUGAAUAGCUUCAUAAUGAAAUUGUUGCCUGGCCUCCUUGAAAAUAUACCUCUUAAAAUACUUUUUACAUCAUGCAUAAUCUCAUAUCCAAUUAUUAAAAUUCUGUAUUUUGCACACACACACAUUUGUAGAUGCAGACAUCAUAUUUGCAGAGUAAAUGUCAGAUUACAAACUGGGUCCUUUAUAUACUGCAGUGAUACAUUGCAGUGGACAGGGUGUACCACUUAGCAUAGUUUUUUGCAGGUGGCCAACUGUACUGAGCCAGUUUGGUGUAGUGGUUAAGUGUGCGAACUGUUAUCUGGGAGAACCGGGUUUGAUUCCCCACUCCUCCACUUGCACCUGCUGGCAUGGCCUUGGGUCAGCCAUAGCUCUGGCAGAGGUUGUCUUUGAAAGGGCAGCUGCUGUAAGAGCCCUCUCCAGCCCCACCCACCUCACAGGGUGUCUGUUCUGGGGGAGGAAGGUAAAGGAGAUUGUGAGCCACUCUGAGACUCUUCGGAGUGGAGGGCGGGCUAUAAAUCCAAUAUCAUCUUCUUCUACUGCCCAACGCAGACUUCAGUGGGCUUUGAAGAGUGUAUCUCUGCUUAGGAAAUCACUGAAAAUCACUUCUCUGAGUACAAAGUGACUCAGAGAAACCAGAUCAAUCUUACUUUUUCACAAAGGUUGGGGGUGGCGGGAGGGGGGAGAUGAGGUCAGAAAGACAGAAAAAAACCUCUUGACAGUUUGUAGGAACAUAGUAUGAGCACAUAUAUGAGAACAUGUAGAUACAUACAGCUAAGAAAAUCAUCUCUGGAUUCAGUAUUCCACUAAACUACUCCUAGAACAAAUGAGAUGGAAUAAACUUGGUGAAAGGUUCCAAUUUUUGGUGCUAAUUUUCAUUCUUUGUGCCCUGGUACAGCCAGCCUGAAAUAUUUAGAAUGAUUAGAUAAGUGCCUACAAAUCAUGAGUAUUUUUUAAAAGGAACAACAAUAACAAGUUCUUCUUGAUUGCCUGUUUUUGAGCCAAUGGAACAUUACAGACACAUUUUCAGAUGGUCUGUUCUUACUCUGAAGGCCAAAAGCUUCUACAGGAACAACAAAACAGCAUUCUCAGAAAGCUUAGUGAUUGCAAAGGAGAGCUGUUUUAGUCAACUGUAACAGAACCAACCAAAGUCCAGUGGCAUGCUGAAAAUGUCUGGAACAUAGUUCCCCCCUCCCCUUAUCAUUCUUUGGAUAUCCAUUCUAAAGAAGCCUUUAUUUUAUAAUAUGCAGAAAUGCUGUACUAUUCAACAUUUACUAAGGUUUGGCAUUUACAGUUCAAUCUUCUGUAUGUUUACUCAGAAUAAGGUCAUGCUUUAUUCAAUGGGUUUAUUCUCAAUUAAGUGUACAUAGGAUUGCAACCUUAAUCUGUGUUGAACAGAACAAAGUCUGUAGCUCUUAAAUGACCUCAAAAAGACUACUCUGGAUUGCAUAAUUUUAGGAUUAUAUGCAAAAGUGGAAAACAGCAAUGUUGUGCUGUCACUAGCAAAGCUACUUGAAUUUUGCAGGAAUCAUUCUGUGUAACAUACAUAUUUCCUUAUGCUUUUGUAUUUUAUUUCCUUGUUGUGCCUUAUUCUGCCAUACUUAUGCAAUAGUGGUCAAAGUAUUUACCCUUUAUAUACUGUUAAUUUUGUAUUUUUAUGCAGAAAAUGUACACAGUAUUCCAAAAGAUGGCAUACAUUAAGCUUUUUGGACUUAUAAAUCCUUUUUAAAUGAUGGAAGAUGCUUGAACUUUCAAGGCAUGUUUCUGUGCAGAUAUUUUAAAAUAAUACAUGAAAUAAAAUAAUCCCAGCUCC